AUGUCAGAAAUUCACACUUCACUCCUGUUACUAACUUAUGUUUCCACUAUACACUUCCUUCGGUAUAUCAGUCGAGGCCAAGCUGUGCAAGCAAAGGACACCAUCCCAUUUGUUAUCUGUGUGGAUGACAACAGCAAGUCUCUCUCGGACAGAGCACACCACCCGGAUGAUCUGGCGAAGGACGACUCAUUAGUUAUAG